CGGACGCCUUCAGUUUCAGAAAACAAAACUUUCAUUCAUUUUCAUCGCAUUGAAUUCGUUGGACAGGUUGAAAAGAUUUAAUUUUAAAAUCAAAUACAACUUUGUUUUUACAAAUUUUGAAUAAUUAUGUCUUGUUAUGAAAUUAGGAAACUUUGAUUCUUGAAUUUGACCACUGUAGAAGCUGCAGCCAUAACGUUCAUACAAAAUAAAAAAUAAAAUGAAUCACUGUGCUCUAGUUCUCACGGCUGUAACGGCGCGUCUCGAGCAGCGCAUCUGGCAUCUCUAAGCAGUUAUAUCCCGCAUGGAUUCAAAAGAAAAAAGAGAUAAACUGAAGAGGAGAGGUGAGGCUGAACGGUGUAGAGAUCUGGGAAAUUUUUAUUUUAAAAACGGCCAUUAUGAACAGGCGAUUUCUGCAUACUUAGAAGGUUUGUCCUUCCUAGAAGAAGAUUAUCUUUUGCAUUGUAAUUUGGCACAAGCUUUCAUAAAGGUGAAGCAGUUCAAUAGAGCUUGUUGCCACGCGUCACUUGCAAUUGAAUUGAACCCCACCUUCUGGAAGAGUUACGCUAGACUCGCUAAAGCUUUGUACGAGACAGGUCAAAAGGUGGAAUCCUAUGAAGUGUUGAUGCAAGGAUUUGUCCUCUGUGAUCAAAAAGAAGAAUUGCAGAAGUGCUUCUAUCACAUUCCUGCUACUUCAGACGAGGAGGCGAAUGUGAAAGCUGCCAAAAAACUGAAGAGAUUGGUUACCGAAGAAAGUAGAAGGUUGAUGGGUGAAGAAGCAAAGAAGUCGAAGAAAACGAAAGAAAAGAAAAAAAUGGAAAAUAAUGAAGAGGCUGAACCUGCCCCAACCAACGGAGAUACAGCUACAACCAGUGCGCCUUCUAAAACUGAAAGUACUCAGAAAAAACCAGUUGAUUCUCAAGAAAUUAAAAAAAAACCAGUGGACUUUCAAGAUAUAAAGAAUGACCAAUUUCUUGCACUUGCUGAAAAAUCUUCUCAUGAAGUAUACUCUGGUCAAAAGAAAGAGUUUGAAGCAUUUUUGAAGGAAGGAUAUGAGGAAGCACAAAAAGAAUCAUUUACAAAAGCUCUAGAAUGCUAUAGGAAAGCUUUGAAAAUUAGAGAGGAAGUGCCGUUGAAAUAUUUAGGACUGCAAGAUAAACAUUGUCUUGUAAUCACAUAUAUUCUUAACCUGAUGAGAAUAAAAACGAAUACUUUCGAAAAUUUACAACAAACAAUACAUGAUUUGAAGGCGAUUGACGAAGUUGGAGAAUUCCAAAUCAUGCCUGCUUUUUAUUAUAUUAGAAGUUUAGCAUAUUUGAAAAUGAAUAGGUUUAAAGCCGCAUUAGAAGAAUUAGAUUCAUGCAAUGAACUCCUUUCAUAUAGAAGGUCUUUUCCUUUCAAAGAAUAUUGUUGGCCUUCUACGACGGUCAUUAUUAAAGAGACCACCAAGGAGGGUUUACAGCAAGCAAUAAACGACCUGAUAACGCAAGCAAAAUCAGGUCUUCUCAUUGUACCCACAGCAGUCUGUCGUUACAUUCAAUGUCUUGAAGUAAGCUCUCAUAUUCUUCCUUCCGAACAAAUAUUUCUCACGGAUCCAGAUUUCGUUGGCUAUGUGACAAUAACGUGUGAAGAAAAGUGUCAUAUUCAGUAUCAUCUGCAUUGUUGGAAAGCAUAUCGUGAACGUAUGUCUGAAUUCGAGAAAAUUGCUGAUAAGGUAUUCUCUUGAAUUUAUUCCUUUAUU